AAUAUGUUCUCCCUGUUAUUUCUAGAGUAACAAUUUCAAGAUGUCAGGUGGUCCAAGGAUCUCGUUCAGUGCAAUUGAUUCUGCUCUUUCUUCUUUGAAAAACUGCCAGUCCUACAUCAACUCUGGAAUGGAUGUGGCUACUCAGGUUGCCCUUGACCUUGUGGAAAGUUUCAAUGAUGCAGAAGAUGUUGACAAUAUGGAAAAAGUCAUGCUAGAAUAUGCUACAAUGGACAGAGAACUUAAUCAUUAUAUAAAAGCAUUUGAAGAAACAAUAAAUCAGGUAAAACGAGAAAAACCAGAAAAUUUACCAGAUUUAGAAAACUUGGCGCAAGAAAAAUUCCUUGAAAUGGAGAGCAAGAACAGUGACUCAGAUUUUCAAGAGAAUGAAAAAUAUAUGUAUUUUAAGGAUCAGCUUAAGGAGAUGAAAAAACAAUGUUGUCAAGGUUGUGGGCUGGUAACCAAGGCAGGAGCAGAGCAGGAGGUGCAGCCCCAAGGAAGUACCCAGGCUAUCUCAGAGGCAUUCCAGGCAGUGCAAAGCUUCAGAAUUCAGAACAACUGGAGUGAUCAUGAUAAGGACACCAUUGAACAAAUUGAUGAAGAUAUAGCUGUAACUCGGAGUCAGAUAAACUUUAUUUGUCCCAUUACACAGAUGACAAUGAAGAGGCCAGUACGGAACAAAGUCUGUGGACAUAGUUAUGAAGAAGAUGCCAUUCUAGAAAUGAUCCAGACUCAAAAGCAGAAAAAGAAAAAAGUCCGAUGCCCUAAUAUGGGCUGUAGCUAUGUUGAUGUAAAAGGAUCAGAUCUUGUACCAGAUGAAGCACUUAAAAGAAUGAUUGACAGUCAGAAUAAACAAAGCUGGUCAACACUGGACACGUGAGCUGAGUAUGCUACUGCCACAAAGAAAAUUUGUUAUUAGACGUCUUGUGAGAUAAGUUGCUGAUUCUAAAUAGGUUGUAUAACUGAUUGUUAUUUGUUAAAUAUUUCAUUUAUAGGUAAAUAAUUGUUGAAUGUUUCAUUUAUAACUAAAUAAUUGUUAAAUGUUUCAUUUAUAGCCAAAGUUUAGCCUCUGCUGUAACUGAAAGCAUUUUUUGAACUCAGGACUAUAAGGAAUUCCAGUUAAACUUGUUUGGGUCUUUUCUACCUUACUGAAUUUCUAAAAGCUUGCAUUUGAUAAAUAAAGCAUGUUUUGCAGCAUUUAAA